CAUAAUUAAACACCGUGAUGUUUCCGUCCGUUUCUUCAGUCGCACGGCUGUUUUCGGAAGUCUGUCAACCGCCGUGACUUCGGCCAGGAUUUCCGGCUGCUUUUACAUCUGCCCUUCUCUUGUUUUGUUUCCGUUUCUUCCAUUUCCGUUUUAACUUUCCAGAAUCAAAAGUCUUGAUGUAUAGCUACCCCUGAAAGUUUUAGAAGUUUUAAAAAGUCGUCUUUUACGCCCAAUUCUGCGGUUAUAUUACGAAACCCAAAAGCAUUCCAACAUGGCAACUGCGUUUGUACCGAUUCGCGCGUCGUCUUCCCACCCAGUCGUUGGUGGAAAUUAUAUUAAUAAAAUAUUGCGUUUAAAUCUACACACUAAAAUAAUAAAUGGAUUGACCAAAUGAAAUGCAUAUUUCAUAAAUAAUUGCGUCUCUUUUGUUUAAAAAGAUUGCUAAUGUGGGGAAAAUGUCAUUGUGGGCCUGUACUCUACAAAAGCCUCGGUGUUGCGUGAGAGUUUAUGAGACUUCUGAUUGGACAAGGAGUUGUAGGGAUGUCAAAAAGUGAGACAGAGGAGAUGAUUGAAAUUGAGAUUGAUGGACGGGAGAAACAGGAGUGUCUAGAGGAAGGGAUUGAGGAGCAAACCAUCACAGCAGCUGAACUGAUCACUCAAGACAUUGACAUCAAUGAGCCGAUCGGUAACCUGAAGAAGUUACUGGAGCCUCGUCUUCAGGUCCCGCUGGAUGGAUAUGACAUUUGUCUGCAGGACAUCCUACUGCAUCCUGAUCACAGCCUGUUCGAUCAAGGAGUGAAGACAGAUGGCACAGUACAGCUCAGCGUGCAGAUUGUCACGAAACAGGGUGAAGAGAAACUGAAUAUUCUGGAGAUUGUGAAACCAGUGGAGACUGUGGAGGUGGUGAUCGAUCCAGACGCGGCUGCUGGCGAGGAAGCCCAUCUGGUGGAGGAUGGACAUGUAAUUGCAGUGGAGCGAGCAGCCAUUCCUGAUGAGACUUCAGAGCAGGUGACACGCUGGGCGGCCGCAUUGGAAGGCUACCGCAAGGAGCAGGUUCGACUGAACAUUCCUUAUGACCCGGUACAGUGGACAGCAGAUCAGGUGAUCCACUGGGCAGUUUGGGUUAUGAAGGAGUUCGGCAUUGAGGAAAUGGAGGUGGGUGGCAUUCACAUCCCUGGCCGCCAGCUCUGUGCUUUCAGCCAGGACGAGUUCCUCCAAAGAGUGCCCAGUGGAGAGAUCCUGUGGAGCCACCUGGAGCUUCUACGCAAGUAUGUACUUGCGAGUCAGGAUCAGGGUCAGGAAGCAACAGUCACCAUUGAUCAGCCUGUGCAGAUCAUUCCUGCCCCUGUGCAGCAGGCCACACCCACAGCCAUUAAGGUGAUGAAGCACAACAAAACACCCCGAGCCCCCCGGAUCUCAGGAGAGGAGCGCAGCUCCCCUGGCAACCGCACAGGUAAUAACGGUCAGAUUCAGCUGUGGCAGUUUCUCCUGGAGCUGCUGACGGAUAAGGACUCCCGGGACUGCAUUUCCUGGGUGGGAGAGGAAGGCGAGUUCAAACUCAAUCAGCCUGAGCUGGUAGCUCAGAAAUGGGGUCAGCGCAAGAAUAAGCCCACCAUGAACUACGAGAAACUAAGCAGAGCUCUCAGGUACUACUAUGACGGAGACAUGAUCAGCAAAGUGCAGGGUAAGCGCUUUGUCUACAAGUUUGUGUGUGACCUGAGGACUCUGAUUGGAUACAGCGCUGCAGAGCUCAACAACCUGGUAACGGAGUGCGAACAGAAGAAACUCGCCCGGGUGCAGCUGCAUGGCCUCGGCCAGCCCGUCAACACAGUCACGCUGGCCACCGCCACAGGGCAGCCAGUCACCACCGUCACUCUGGCUGCAGUAGAGAAAGACAGUUGAGGAGGGAGUGGCUUGCUACUCCCAGCCAAUCAGGAGACAAGUUUAAGAUGGGAGGAAACCGGGUUAAAAACAUUUGACUUUGGGCAGGGAGGGAGACAGCGGGUUUGUAAGCAGAUGUGCGCUUUGUUACGAGUGUGUAUGUAUGUUUGCGUGUCCUUAAAAUGCUUAUAGAGCGAAUGUGUGCGUUUGUGUGAGAGACAAGAACAGAUGAUCAUGUAUGAGCUUUCAGUUUUUGUAUGCUUGUUCUCUGACUGCAGGGUAGCAUCGGCUAUAUUUCCAUUGUAUAUACUCUAUGUUUUUGAUAGCCAUGUGGGCAGUGUAUUUUGAUAUUUUCCAUUUGUAAAGGAUCUUUUCUUUUUUAUUUUUGAGUGUCCAAUUCCCUCAAGGUGAGGUACUUUUUACUGUCCACCAGAGGGCAAUAAAGAGACAGUUGGUUUUUGAA